AUGCUGUGCACGGACCAGCUGUGCACGGACCAGUGUGCACAGCCUGCCCUCAUCUUCCCCUCGGCCGGUGUUCCUCGAAACCCAUACACUCACACUUUCCUUUCCUAUAGGCCGGGUGGUGCGCACCCUUACUCAUACUAUGCGCACCUCCCCUUCCUCCCUCCCUCCAUCGUGGCUAAAGAAGCCUUCAACUGCGCGGGACUUGAGCAUGCAUUUGACAUGGAAGAUCACGUCGACGUCGCACGUCUAGACGCUCCAGACUCCCUCUUCUUCGACUGCAACAGACAGCUGUGCCCCAAUCGAACCCUGUGUUCCAUCACUGUCGAAGACAGACACUUCGUACCCAUCCGAAGGAUCCAACAUCCUCUUGGACAAAAGUCUACACACACAUCCCGAUCAGCCUCUUGCCACGUCACCCCCAUCCCAUCCUGA